AUGGUUGCAGGAAAAGGGCUCCUGGAUGUUGAUGGGUUGCAGCUGCUGGAUGACGGCUUCCAGACAUGCCAAGCUCUGAAGAGAUUGCAACGUGAGUAUGAAGCCAAUGUGGACGCCUCAUGCGUCUGGCCACAGAAUUUGGUUGAAGUCUUCACCAAUGGGCUGCCGAUGGAUUUCCGUACGUACGGUGAUGUCUAUGAAAGGGAGACACACAUUGCCUACCAAACUUUGAGGCAUGACGAGGCUCAAAACAAGUUCAGACCUUCAUCCAUCUGGCAGAAGGUGAACGUGGUGGAGCGCUACGCGAAGAAGCUCCCUGGGAGGGACAUGAGCAAGGUCACUGCAGCCAUGAUGGAGGUCUUUGGCAAGUCCAAGCGUCCAACCAUUAAUCGUUGGGUUCGAGCGCACAACAACUUGCACUCAGAAGUGGUGACAUGGCUCGAGACGUGCAAGAACCUUCCUGACAGCUAUGUGUUCGACAACCAAUUUCUCCUUGGACCUGGGCCCCAAAAGCUCGCGCCGGGCGAUGCUGUUGUUGCCCUGACCCUUUUGAAGAAGAUGCGGGAGGAUGGCAAAGCUAUCAACCCUGAUGGCUUCAAGGGCCAGAUUUGCUCUCCGUUGCUUGUCAAAGCAAGUUGGGUGAAGAGCAUGAAGAGCCAAUUCGGAACAAGCUGCACAGAGUCUCCGGCAUUUCACCGUGUUCGAUUGAAUUUGGAGACGUUGGCAGGGCUGCGGGACAUUUUGGGAUGCAUGCAGUCCAACGUGCCACUUCAUGGGCAUGGUUCCUCAGAAGAGGCUGCAGGGAUCGCCGAAUGCCGAACUCUUUGGCUUGAAUUCCGCAAAGCUAAGCGCAGUGGCAAAACCACCGAGACGCAGCCGAGCAAUCCACAAGAAGACGCCACCGAUGCGAUCAUGGAAGAUGCCGCAGGCACCAUGAUCAUUGGCGAAGGAGAAGCCUCUGCUGAAGCUGAGAAGCCACUUGACCCCUUGGAGCAGGAAGCGCGGACAGAGGCCCAAAAGCACGGGAGCCACAUUCACCGAUUCAACGGCAAGGACGCCGUGAAGCAGCUGGAGCAGAAGUUGCCUCAAUACUUGUUGCCGAGUCAGAGAGCGGCUUUCAUGGUGGACGCCCCAACCUCCAGAGCCAAGAUUCCUUUGGCAGCUUUGACAUCCAUCUAUGAGAUGACUGCAAAGCAUGAGAACUUCUCUGUGCUUGUGCAGUGCGGCGGCCGCUUGGAAUUUUUGGCUGCGCUUCAAAACAAGAUGCAGCAGUUGUGGCCAUCGGCCAACAUCUACGUCACCGUUGUGAACAAUGGCAACGAGGCUCAGUCCAGCAGAAGGCGAUCCAAGUUCGCUUUGGUGAUGCACCGCGGAAAGCUGCAACCAGCAGUCCCCAGCUCCGUCCCAGCCUUGCGAGGCAAGGCAAAGUCGUAUGAAGGUCUCAGACAGCGCUGUUUGCACCUUCAGUGCAAGCUCCGCACUGAAGAAGAUCGAAAAAGAGCAGAAGAGCUGAAGUCAAAGGCAGAGAUGGACCCGAACCUAGCUGCUGCACUGGCUCGUUGCGAGAUCUGUGAUGACGAUGAUGAAGAGAAGGUGCCCAACGACGAAGCUCAAUCGGAGGAAGAAUGUGAGGCUAUGGGUGCUGAGGAAAAAGACGGCCAGAGAGAUUUCAUCACUGAUAUCUUCACGUUUUCCCACAGCACUUCAUACUAUUUGGCCUUCUACCAGCAACUGCUGAACUGCGACAACUCCGUGAUCACUGUGGUGAUGACAUCGACGAGCCACCCGGCCAGCGCAGUUGCUGCAAGAAUGUUGGGACAAGAGGUGUUUGUGGUCACCUUCCAAAGUUCGGAGCAUUCCAUAGCGCACGGCGUUGAGCUCCAGGAUGUUAUCUUCCGAACUCGUUUCCUGGAAACCAAAGGCGUGACCAAGGGCAAGCAAAGUUGUGGCUUAAGCAAACUUGUGGGCUUCAGUUGCCCAUGCCAUUUGCAAAAGCUUUUGCUUCACUGGAACCCUGCAGGUUCUGUGCAGCAAAAGCGAUCGCUUACCUCGCAAGGGCUCCAGAUAAUUGAGGGUCCUAAUUUGACUGCCGAAGAACAGCUUGUGAGGCUCUCGGAGGUCUCCGUGCCUUCUGGGGAUGGCUUUGGUGGAGUGGACAUAAGCCACACCUUCUUGGAUGCAAGGGUGCCAAAGCUUCUCUCGAAGGAGCUCACUGAGCACAGCUUGGCGCUUCAGGUGCAAGAAGGGUGCGGCCGAGGACUGGUUACGCUAAGGCCCCUCCACGAGGGAGAAAAGAUUGUUGUAGCAACAUCCGCAAAGUUCAGCUCCAUGAGCACUUUGCUGCAGUGGCUGCGGCUGCCUGGUCACUCAGCUUUGGCAGACGGUGUCCUGGGCAUCGGUGGUGUCAUUUUCGAUGAGGCUCAACCUCCGCAGACGCUGUUCUGCGUCUUGCUCGGCGCCAGCUAUUACUGCCAACACUAUGCUGGAAUCAGAGCUCGUCCAAACUGCCAGUUCGUUUGCGACACAAGCGCCGGCUUCAGUUCGAACUUGGUAUUUCUCCAGGUUCGAACGCACAAUGGGGCUGGCAUAGCAAGAAACAGCCCGCUUGUUUGCUCCUAUGGCCGCGACUACGACCUGACUGUGAAACCGAGCACAGACAACGAUGACAGGGUGAAGCGAUUCAAGGGAGCUCUUGAGGAGUUCUUCGCAAAGCCACUGGACAGCACAGGGUCAGAGAAGAAUGUGGAUGCAAAAGGAUGGUCUCAGAGUGAGACAGCUGGCAGGGAUGGGGGCACAGUGCCUGGAAAAACACCAGGGCCGCUGCCGCUGCCGGCGCCAGAAGGGCCAGCUGAUCCCGUGCCAAAGCCAUCGCCACCAACACCAAAGCCCGCACCGCCCACUGGAGAAGGCGCUGCUCCGAAGGUUGAAGAUGGCCAGGCCAGCCGCUGGAAGUAA